AUGCCGGGUGAUCCUUCUCAUGUAAAUGCGGAGCGUCUUAAGGAACUGCGAGUGGCUGUUCACAAAUUCUUACAAGAUUCAAAUGUCUAUUCUAAAAUUCGUGAUAUUGUAGACUCUUAUGUUGCCGAAAAUCCAGGAGACUCAUCAAAUCCAGCUUCCUCUGCUGAUGUGAUGAAGAUUAUCCGAGAAAAAGGACUGGUUCAAGAUUUACUAAAUCGGUUACGCGGCGAGAAAAGUCCGGGUAUUGUGCAGACUCCAAACAAGGCUCUUUCAUGGAAGCUUCUUCCGGGUGAGUACUACCUUCAUCUUCGACUGGCUGGUGGGAAAGCAUUUGUUGACAACUUGGACCUUACUCCAAGUUUCGCUAAAGACUAUCAGAUGUACGUUGCGGUACACUUUGGGUCACAACGAUACCGAUCGAAUUUGGAGGAUGUUUCUUUGGAUCCUCCUUUUAGAGAUGAGUUCCUUAUAGAUCUUGAUUAUAAAUCAUUUGGGUCUUGUGCCGCAGACUUGAUAGAGGUUUCAACUCCACUACAUAUAGCCGUUUUUAGAGAGGAACGUCUUUUAACGUUUUCCAAGAUGGUUGGAGAAAAUAUUGUUGACUGGAGAAAGGUUUUACGCACAGGCUACCUUGGUUUAACUGUUGAACUUUGUGGAGAUAACCCAGGUAUUCCUGCUGGUAUAUUAGAGUUACAAUUGGAGUUAUUGCCUAAUAAGGCUCCUCGGUUUUCAGAAGAGGAUGUUGCAUCCAGAAUCGAUUUGCAGCGUUCUGCAAUCACUUCGGCUGACCGUGAGUUUCUUUUGUACGCACGUCGUUGGUGGAUGGAGUUUCAAGACAUUCGACCCACACAUAAGCAAAGAAAAAUAAAAGUGUUUG